AUGAAUUUGUAUUAAGAGAAUGCUAAAUUAUCUCUGGAUUAAUUGAUAGAAAAAAGAGUAAGAUAAUAAGUUUAUUAAGAAAGUGUGGAACAGGGAGAUAUUAAAUUUUAGCUUUAUCAAUUUUAGUUUUUAUUGAUUUAAAUGAUGGAUGUGAGUUAAUAUUAAUGAGUUUUUUAAUGCCUAUAUUAAAAUCUGAAUGGCAACUAACAAGUUUAUAAAUUUAGGUCUUAACAAGCAUAUUUUAUUUGGGUAGAGUGUUCUAUUUCAAAAUAGAUAAGGAAUGGUAUUGGGUUCAUUAUUGACUGGAUUUAUUGCAGAUCGUAAAGGAAGAUUAAAAUGUAUUUAUAUAUCUUGCAUAAUUUAAUUUUUUAUGGCAAACAGCUUUUUGGUUUGUACAAAUUUUUAUCAUAUGAUUUUUGCAAGAUUAGGAUAUGGUUUUGUUUAUGGUAUUAAGUACAAUUAAUUUGACAAGGAUUUUCAAUUCCAUUAACAACUACAAUGAUAUCUGAAAUUACUGCACCAGAUGUAAGAGGAAGAUUUUUAAUAAUUAUAAAUUUCUUUGUAUCUGUAGGCAAAAUUUAUGCAUUUUUAUUAGCAUUUUUAUGUUUAGAGAAUUUUAAUUAAGGAAAUUGGAGAUUAAUGAUGAUGUUAAGUUCAAUAACUUCCUUAAUUGUUGGAAUUUUAUCUAUGAUUUUUUUAAUGGAGAGUCCAAGAUAUUUAAUGGCUAGUGGAUAAGUAGUAAAUGGUUUAAAUGUUAUUGAAGAUAUUAUUCAUAAAAAUUAAAAUAAUACAGGAAUAAUUAGUAAAUUAUUUAAAAGUGUAUAACCAGAGAUAUCAUCUGAUCCAUUUAAGGGAUCUAAGUAUAUUAUAAUAUAUAUAUAUAUUUAAUAAAGAUAUGGAUAUAUAUCAGCGAAAGAGAGAAUAGCAAUAGAGAAAUGGGUUACAAAAGUAUUUCGUUCAGAGUAAAGAGGAACUAUGAAAGAAUUAUUUAACAAAAAUAAUAAAAGUACAACUAUAAGAUUAUGGAUAAUAUGGUUUUGUAUUAAUUUUGUAAAAAUAUACAAUAAAUAUUAUGUUAGAUGUAUUUUGGAUAAUUACUUAUUUUACCAUUUAUUUUAGGAUCUAAGAAAAAAACAUUUGUAGAUUAUUUAACAACAGUGUUAGGUGAAAUACCAUCAAUAAUUUUAUCAUUAUUAAUUGUUGAAAUACCUUUUUUUGGUAGAAAGAACACAAUGACAAUUUCAUUCUUUUGUGCAACUAUAAUGCAUAUAUGGUCAUAUUAUGCUUCUUGGCCAUAUUUUUUUGCUAGAUUUUUUAUGAAGGAAUGUUGGGCAAUGCUAUAUCCAUAUUCAACAGAAAUAUUUCAUACUUCUAAUAGAACUUUAGGAUUUGGUAGUAGUUGUGCUGUUGGAAGAAUAGGUGCUGCUAUUUCUCCAUAUAUUCUUAUACCUUUAUUUGAAUAAGAAGCACAUUUACCAUUUUUAGCUUUUGCUAUUAGUUCUAUCAUUUCUGUGAUAUCAACAUGUACAUUACCUUAUGAUACUGUUGGUAAAUCAUUAGAUUUUUAAAAGUAAAUAAAAAUUAUUAUCUAGUUCUGAUGGAGAAGUUGAAAGCAACAAAGAAGAUGAAAUUAAAGAAAUUAUGAUGGUUUUAAUUGAAAAAAAAAAUUAGAACUGA